AUGGAGCCUGAGCAACAGCCUGAGCAAUAUGAAGAAGAACCCAUUCUUUUGGAUGAGGAUGGCUUUGAAGUUUUGUCUCUGCAUGAGCAUGGUGUCGACUUUGAAAGCUACCUCCCACCUCUGCGGACGAUUCCUGAAGGCGGUACUCGGGACGACGCCUCUUACGUCAACUGGGGAUUCACUAUAUACCGUACGGCAUAUGGUGGCACCACCGAUCAAGCCUGGCAGACACUCCUGAGAAAGAUACAAGACGACCUGGCUGAGGAGGGCGCCUACUAUAAAGAACAUCACGAUGACUAUUGGAGCACCAAACCUGCCAACCCGGAGGCAGCUGAUAAGUUCAUGUCCCUCUUUAAAUUGGAUCCGCGGAGUGACCCUGAUCUCCUGGAGGGUGCCACCAUGGCGCAGGUCCGCGAGAUUUACCAGAAGGGUAUCGGAGGCCCGCCUAUGACUCACGAAAUCCCGCAGUAUCAUCUAUUCCUCCUUGCUGAUACCGAGGUUCUGGAUGCUGUUGCCAAGGGUGAAUUUUGGAUGAAGUGUGUUCAGGGAGAGUAUAAGGCAGAGGAUUAUACUAUCAAGGAUGAAGAGGGGGUACCAACUGAGCAAUUGUUUUAUUACGGAUAUAUCAAGAUGACUGUGCAGAGCCUCCUCGUACUCUGGGACCGCUUAUCGAUUCGGAACUUGGGAGACUUUUCGCCGCCUUUUAUUGAGGAGCCUGUGAGGAUUUGGAAUGGUGACUGGUAG